GGCGGGGCCGGGGCCGGGCCAUGGGCGCGCCGGGGGCUGCGCGCUCCCGCAAGGCUCUGUCUUCUGGAAGGCUGUCAGGAGCAACUAAACUAACAAAUGGAAGAAAUCAAUUUGGCUUAAAGAAAGGAUGUCAUUCUGCUGCAGAAUUCUAUUCCACUGAAUCUGCCAAUCAGGUUGAUACUGUUCACAACAGACUUGAGCAUUGUGCAGCUUUACUGAAGAAUAUCUUACAAAAGGAAGCUACAGGAAGGGAGACUGUCCAUAAACAACCUGGGAAAACAAGUACCUUUAAAUUUACUUCCAAGCCUUUGCCAACCAAAGGAAAUACUUCCAAGAAGAAAGGGUUAAAAAGAAUCAUUACUCCUGCCCCUGUCCAAAAAGAAGUUGUGCCUAAUAGAAAAGUUGCCUCAUCUACCACACCUUCUGCUGAGAAGGAACUUUCCAGUGCAGCACAGAGUCAGAUGGUUCAAUCAAUUCAUGGGCCUUGCAGUGACCACUCUCCUGGGGCAUAUCAGAAACUGUAUCAGCAUGUGCAAACUCAGAUGUCUCUGAUAACUGGCCAACCCCCACAGAAGAGCAAUGAAAUUCCUACUGUAACUCCUUUUCCUACCACAAAGCAGGGAUGUCAAAAUGUUACAGCUUUGAAUUGUCAGUUACCUACCUCCACAUCAACACUGUCCCUGCAGCAUUCAGCUAAUGCCUUAUCUACUCAGUCAGGUGUUCCUGUAGACAGUGCCAAUGAAAAUGUGCCAGAGAUGGGAGGACCUGUGGUUUGCCCAGUGGUUUCUGCUGCUCCUGCACAAACACAGUCUGGAGCUGCUGUUCCUGGUGUGAUGCCCUGUACAGCACCAGGAGCAUCAACCCCUUCAGUGCCGGCAUUGCUCCCAACAUCUUGUGCCAGAGAGAUGGCCCCAAGCCAGGAGCAGCAGAUUAGAGAAGCAGAUUUGAUGCGGUGCAUCCAAGCCCUGCUACAAUCCCAUGAAAUGCUGAAUGGCAGGGCUGAACAGAGGGGCCACCAUCACUGUCCAGCGAAACAUGGUGGCUCAUGUGACACAGAGGAGGAUACUCCUGAGGAGCACAGUGAGGACAUGGUCAGUGAAGAAGAUGAAUUGGAUGUACUUGAUGUGUCUCCAGUGAGAGAUACAAGCUGUAAGACAAGUUGUGUGAAGAAAGUUCUAAAAUCUAGAAAAGAAAGUCCGGAAGAAACAGCCCAUAAAGUUAGGACUGUAAAGUAUCUUAUGGGUGAGCUCAGAGCACUGGUAACAGAUCAAGGUGACUCAGAAAUGCUGAGGUUGAUGAGUGAAGUGGAAGACUCUGUAUCCUUGCUCCCAGCUGUGGUGGGAAGUACGAAUAUCCAGGCUGAAAUAGCUCUGGCUUUGCAGCCUCUGCGCAGUGAGAAUGCCCAGCUGCGCAGGAGACUAAGAAUAUUAAACCAGCAACUUAGGGAACAAGAAAGCAGUGAGAAGACAUCAGGACAGAGCUGCAAUUAUGAAUUGGUUUCUUUGCAGUCCUUGAAUAUGAUGCUCCAGAGUCAAUUGAAAGAAUCACAGAAAGGCCUUGACUCACUGCAGGCUAAAAAUGAAGAACUACUGAAAAUAAUAGAAAGUCAGAAAGAAGAAAAUAAACACCUUGCAAAAGGUAUUCAAGAUAAGGAAGAAGAAUUGCUAGAAAACAAACAGCAUUAUGACAUUCAUUCCACCAAGCUCAAGAUUGAAGUGGAAGAGGCAUUAGGAACUGUGAAGAGCCUUCAGUUUAAGCUGGAAGCUUCAGAGAAGGAAAAUAAGAUUUUGGCCAUAACAUUACGUCAGCGUGAUGCAGAAGUUAAGAGACUGAGGGAAUUAACCAGAACCUUGCAGGGCAGCAUGGCCAAGCUUCUGUCUGACCUCACAGGGGACAGUGUCAGACCCAAACCUGAAAAAUCUCUCUCAAAGUCUCGUUUGGAAGACCAUGAAAAGCAGAUGCAACCUGAGCUGUUUCCUGGGAGUACUUCAGUAAUGACUUACCUUAAAACAUUAGAAAUGGAUCAUAUUUUAAUAGAUACGAAUCUUCAGUUCCCAAAUAAAAUUGGAGAAGUAGAAAUGCAAAGUCUGUCCUAUGAAAAGUUUGCUGCUGAAGGAAGUAAAAUUAACAGUACAUUCACAGAGGAGCAAACAUCAGCUCCCAGAGGACCACCAGCUCCAUUGAAGCAAGAUGCAGAAACAGGGAGUGAUUCUGGAACUUUAUUAGAUGACCAGACCAAGGUGGAUGAGACAAUUUAUAUUCCACUGACUAGCAGUGCCUCUAAAAAACAGCAGCCAGCCUCUGGAAGAAGUGGUGUGCUACCCCAGAGCAGAGGGGCUUGUCAGAGGCUGGAUUACCACUGUGAGCUCCCAAGCUCUGUGCAGCAGUAUGGAUGUGAGGAUCCAACUCUACUGGAUAAAUUAAAUGCUGGGUACAAUGUGAAAAAGACUGUGGAAAACACGCUUGAAGUUACAGGGGGUAAAGCGAAACCAGAAGGUGACAAAGUCCAAGUGAGAGCAAGAGGCGUUCCAAGUGGGGCUGCAAAAGAUUUCAUGGAUAAACCAGACCAGCCUCAGCCUGGUCCAUACCCUUGUGCAUCGAUGCCAUUUCCAGCAGGGGUUUCUCACAAAACAGGCAGUAAAGCGGCUGAUUUUAGUUGCAUUUCAUUUGAUGAUUUCUCAGGGAGGUCUGACUGGAGUGCAUCUUCUUUCUCAACAUUUACUUCUCGCGAUGAAGAGGACUUUAAAAAUAGCUUAGCAGCCUUGGAUGCCAACAUAGCCAGGUUACAAAGGACUCUGCAAAGUAACAUUAGGAAACAAUGAGUAUGAGAAAGCAAAAUGGGCUGCAGCUAUUUGGACAAAUUAAGUUUUUCUGAAGUAUAUCAAGUAUGGUACUGAUAUGUAUAUUUGUGUGUAACAGCUUGUUCCUAGCUGUCUCAAUUAUGGAUAGAAUUUGUUCCUCAUUAGGCAGUGGUGCUGUUCCCCUUGAUGUGUACAACUUGAAAUAACUGUCUUUUUAUAUAAAAUAGAAAUGGCUUUUUAAAUUAUUACUUAUUUUAUAUUCUUUACUUGCAAAAUUAAAUGUACUCGUUUACUUGUGGUUUUUAUUCCUUCCCCAAAGAACUGUUGUAAGGUGCUGCACACGAGCAAGAGAUUCCACAGGUAGAGACCAGGGAGGAGCAAGUUACAGAGGAGUUCUGCAGGAAUGCUGAGAGUUACAGUUGCUAAGUCAGGAUCAUGCUAUUCCAAAACUAAAGACAGCCAUCAAUAUGGGAUUUUUAGUGUAUGAUACAUCCUCUGAAAUACACGAAGCAAUCCCUUUUCACUCACCACUGCUAAAACUAUUUUCUCUUUAGGGCAUUGUACUUGAAGAAAGAAGUUGAUGAAGUGGAGAGUCCAGACAAGGGCAAGAAAAGGAUCAUCAAAUUUCCUUUGCUUUCUACAGUCCUGUUAUAGGGCAUGCUUUUACAAAUAUUUGCUUUUGUCUAAAGUAAGAGGGAAUGUAGUACCAGUGGAUACACACAGAACAGAAAGAUGCUAAGGAACAGAAGCAGCGGAGCUGACACAAAGGAGACAAAUGAGGCUUUAGCUGAAAGUUGGCAAACCAGUACAGUUAGGAAAGCACCAGAAUACAGAGCCUGAGUAAGACAUGAAAAUUCUACAGUUGUUGAGGGGUCAGACAUCUCUUGGACAUUAAUACAGAGAGUCUGACUGAAUCACCUGAAUUGGCUUUCCCAGGCAUGGGAGUGGAACAGGGAAUUAUUCCAGCCUGUGCUUAUCCCUGACAGGCUUUACCACAUCUCAGUCUCAAGAAUAUGCAUAAUGUUUAAGUUACAGGUAGAGGAAGGUACCAUUGCUACUAUUCUGUGCCUCUUAUACCCCCAGCAAUGCUUCAGAGCUGUUUUUCAGGGAAAAUACCUUUGGAAAAGGAACAGCAGCAUAAAGACCUGAGUUUAAGACUGCUUUUUCUGCAGAAUUGCCUAUUAUUUUUUUUCCUAGAAAACAUUGUUGUCCUUCCUGGCACUCUUUUCUUGUAUGUUCCAUGUAGGAGAAAAGUCCCUCAUGGUCAUCUGCUUGUGUGGACAUAUUUAGUUAGGAUGCUGUCCAUGCAUUGUGCUGGGGAGCAGCUCUGAUUAUUUUAGUUACUGGUAACUGAGUCACACAAAGGUAUGAAGAGAACACACACUGCAGAAGAUGCCAACUGGCACUCCUGCUUUGAAAAAGGAAAGUUAGACUAAAUAGUGACUUCAGUCAUUUAGAAUGCUUUUAAGGCUUGGCCUGGGUUUCUCAGUAUUCUCCACAGUCAUUGUGCUCAGAUUCAAAAUAAGGUUGCUGGUAUGAAAGCAAACAGGUUUUAAUUAAGUAUUUACAAGUAGUUUCAGUGUAGAAGCUAAGCAAUAUUUAAACAGUUAUUAGGGAGUGGGUUAAAGACCACUCCAUACAAGCUACAAUAAAUUCUAAUCUUUAGAACUCACAAGAAACCUGAAAAACGAUGGGAAGAAUAUUCACUAGUAGACAACUCAUUCAAUUUUCUCCUUGCACCCAAGACUUGAAAGAGGUUAUUCCUUCUGGCCAAAGCUAAUUGCAGCAUGUUAAAGGCAGCUGUGGUGUCAGGAUGCCCAAGCAUGUUGCUCUUGUGUUGACAGCAGUUGCAUUCACUUUUACUGGUGGGGGAAGAGGUUUCACCAUCUUACUUGUUUCCUGUUUAUGAAGUCAGUUCUAUGAAAGCAGGAGAUGACUACUGGAAAACACUCCUGGGCAUAAUGACAUAGGAGCAGGUUGGAAAUGUGUCUCCCACUUCCAAGGAGGAGAAACUUAGAAGAAGAGACAGGAAGGAGAGAGAUUUUUUAAUGGUCCUUUGUUUUGUACUCCACUAUGUCAAUCAGAGCUACGGCACCUUAAUGAAAUAUAGAAUUUCCCCUAUAUGGGCAUUAUGAAUAUGCACUGUUAUAUGCUCAGGAAUAGCUGCUGUGAAACACCUCUUCUGUUGUAUGGAUUACCUUCAACAGCUCAAACUGCGACAUCAGUGUUCAUGAUUUAAUAUUAUUAAAAAAUCUUCACCGUGAGGCUGGUGAGGCACUGGAGGAGGUUUCCCCCAAAAGUUGUGACUGCCCCAUCCCUGGAUGUGUUGGAGGCCGGGCUGAACAGGUUGUUCUAGGCUUUGAACAACCUGCUGUAAGGGACCACAUCCCUGCCUAGGGCAGGGGGUUGGAGCUAGAGGGUGUUUUCCAUCCCUUCCAGCCCCAUCCAUUCUGUGAUGUUAUGUAGCAUCAUCUAGGUUUUUCCUGUAAACACAGAAGUUACAAGAGUUUCAUUUUAACAGACCAUAUUCUGUGAAGUUGACAUCUGUGCCUUCCAGUGAUGUGGAAAGAAAAGGAACUCUUAAAACAUGUCCUCAAGCUCUUUCCCCUUUAUGAACCCUUUCUCUUGUGGAGCAUAGAAAAGAUGAGGCGAUACUCCAGAGUAACUGAG